CGCGCUGUGUGCCUCGUUACUGCCGCUGCAGCUCCACGUUCGAACCUGCAACUCAGACCAAAUUAAAACCUCCCUCAGAAAAAGCCGCAUGUGGUUUCCUCCUCCUGCCUCUCAGCACUGCAAUGAAGGAAUUUCCUCGUUUGUACUGAAGUCUCUGCGCUCACAGAAAUGAGGUCUCGGCCUGAGUUUUCCCCGCGCUAACUACACAACAGGAAGACCGGAGCGGUCGAUUCUCACCUGCAUCAUCUUCACCUUAGAAAAGAAAGUCGUACUUUUUUGCCUCUCGGACAGGACACCAACUGACUGCUGGCUGCAAAAUGGAUAAUAAUGCUGGAAAUUCGGAAAAAUCUCACCUCAUAGACGAGAAGAAUGCCAAGACAUAUUCACUAAAACUGCAAAGCUCCUUUCCAGACUCCAAAGAACAUUAUUCAGACUUCCCUUUAAAGAAUGGAGGCAUGUCGGGCGCCAUCGAGCUGAAACGACCCGUCGGCACUCACUGCCACGGCCCCAAAGCGUCGGCAUGCGAGGAGAGCGUGGACAAGCUGCUGGCCAAGAAGAAACUCUACAUCGCUUCAGCAGUCUGCCUCGUCUUCAUGAUUGGCGAGGUCAUAGGAGGCUACCUGGCCCACAGCCUGGCCAUCAUGACUGAUGCGGCCCACCUUCUGACAGACUUUGGCAGCAUGAUGGUGAGCCUGUUCUCCCUGUGGAUCUCCUCCAGACCGCCCACCAAAACCAUGAACUUUGGUUGGCACAGAUCAGAGAUCCUCGGGGCAUUCAUCUCAGUCAUGUCCAUCUGGAUCGUCACUGGAGCUCUGGUCUACUUGGCCAUUGAGAGGAUCGUACGUAACGACUAUGAGAUUGAUGGACACGUCAUGCUGGUCACCUCUGGCUGUGCUGUCAUCGUCAAUAUUGUCAUGGCGUACAUCCUCCACCAUUCGACCACCUUCCACGCUCACGGCAGCGGUUACCACCAGAUCGACGAGGAUGGUCAGAGCCCCGUGGUUCAUGGCCACUCGCACGCCCUCCUCGGCAGUCAUGGUAACACAAGCGUCCGUGCUGCCUUCAUCCACGUGGUGGGAGACCUGCUGCAGAGUGUCGGCGUCAUGGUGGCGGCGACCAUCAUCUACUUCCGGCCUGAGUAUAAAGUCGCAGACCCCAUCUGCACGUUCCUAUUUUCUGUCUUUGUUCUCUGCACCACUGUCACCAUCCUCAGAGACGUCUUUAGGAUACUCAUGGAAGGGUCCCCUAAAGGAAUCGAGUUUAACUCGGUGAAGGAGGUGCUGCUGUCUGUGAAAGCUGUGAAGUCCAUGCACUGCCUGCACCUCUGGGCUCUGACCCUGGGCCAGGCGCUGGUUUCUGUUCACCUGGCUGUAGAGGAGGGCACUGACCAGCAGUCUGUGCUGCAGGAGGCCACUGACCUACUCCACACCAAGUUUGGUUUCUACAGCAUCACCAUCCAGGUAGAGCUCUACUCUGAAGACAUGAGCUACUGCUCCCACUGCCAGGACCCCAGUGACUGAUAAACAACCAGAGUGGACUGGACCCAGCAGGACAUGGAUGACUAAGACAGAUUGUCAUUCUCUCCUGGUGGUCUGGAGUCGUGAGGGAUGUAUUCACAGAGCAGCUUCCCUUCAAGGAAAGAAUUUUUGGGUUGUUUUUGCCAUUAAGUUUUAAAAGAUUUGACAGUGAAAUCAUCCUUGUGCUGAUAGUAGAGUCCUGAUACCAAAGCUCCAUGCUAACAUGGAAUAUGCCAGUUCAUUCAAAGUCCUUCAAAAAGGGGUGGCCUGCUUUAUUUCCAUCACAAACUGAGACAAUUUCACAAGAAUCAUCAGGGUGAAGCUGUCCUUGGGGUUGCUGGUGCUAGCUUGUAAGGAAGUUUUCAAGAAUAAAGGAAAGUAGGGCCCUGAAAAAACAAACACAUUUUACCAAAAAUCUGACCUCUUCUAAUUAAUUUCCUCAACAAAACAAAGAUCACAUCACAAUACUAUUUAUUUAAGGACCACUAAUAUCUUAUUUUCAGUAAUAUGGUGCCAGUUCUGCUCUGUUCUACCUUGGUGCCUUUUAAGAAUCAGCCCACUGGUUAUCUGUAAAGUUACUGGCAGAAACUCGAGUACUUAUCAUGGAAAUAACUUUAUGUGGUAGUUCCUUCAUAAUGACAGAUGUCCAUCUUUGGGAUAAGACAUUUUGUGGUGUAGAGAUGGUGCCCACUUUUGGUCACAAGUACCACUUUUUUGGUGGAAAUGCCUGUGCACAAGCUCAAGGUUGAAAAUAGAUAUAAGUGAUGCAUAGAAAUGAUCAAUAAUAGUAAUUGUUCUCCACCAGACACCCUAUUUUAAAUUAAGAACAGUCAUACCAGCUAAAAUUCAGAAGUUAUGAGUUAUACUUUACCAUAAAUUCUGUAUUAAAACACCCUAAAGACACAGUGACAUUAUUUAUUGAUGUCACUGUGUAUUAAGUUUUUAUUUGUUUCUUUUUAAAAAAAAUAACAGUUCUGUUUUACUUGCGCCUCAGCAUGUUUCAUUUCAGGCUUAAUGUAAGUAAACAGAAAACACUGCCAAAUAAAUGAGCACAUACAGUGAUUAGGCUUAUAGCUAUUCCUACAGUAAGGUAAAUCCUUCCUUUGUGAAUCUAAUAAUUAGCACAGUUUACAAAGUUAAUAUUAUGUUGCAUUACAUAAGAAGUGUUACUCGAUAAUGAGACAAUAGACGUUCAAAGAAAGUGUUUAUUGAGGUCCUGACUUAAGAGAGGUGACGCUUCUUUGUUCCACUGAGUUCUGUACAACCAGAAGCCUCAUUGAAACUCAAGGAGUCGCCCUCUGCUGGUCAGAAGGAAGGAUGCCCAUGUCAGACAUUUGAACAACAAAGAAAUAAAUAAAUCUGAGGAAUUUUCUGAAAAUAUUUUUUUCAGCCACUUCUUGAUUAAUGCAACUUUCUUACUCAUUUUAAAUGCUAAAAUGACUUAAAAAAAUUAAGCCAUUGUGGAGGGUGAUGAAUUGCACGUUUUUAAUUUUGCAAGUUUUUUUUUUAUAGUUGUCUUCUACAAUUGAAAGGCAGUAAUUGUAGUAAAAUCCCUUCUUCUUUCAAAAAGAUGCUGAAUCACUCAAACACUUUAAUUCAAUCAACUGUGAAAUUAGUGUAAGUUAAGUUCCACAAAACAGGAACAGUCUCCUCAAAGUUUUCUUCAAAUUGCUAAAAAAAAAAAUAAUUAAAAACACUUUUAAAGCACCACAGGAGAUUGAUUUUGCUGACGUGAUUAAAGGCAUCUGUGCAGAUGUUUGUCCAAAGUAAUUUUCAGUUUAUCUUCUGGGCUAUUAAUUAAAUGUUUCCAAUUAAUUUAUGAACAUCAGCUUUACUCUGUAACAAGAACAUAAGGUAAUAAAUAAGAGGCAUAAGCUAUAUCAUCUGCUGCAGAUGUUAAUAUGGAGCACCUGAUGAAACUCUACUACAGACACAUUUGUUGUAUCAGCUCUACCAGACCCACUAUAGUGUAGUCAUCUCUAUGCAAGGCUUGCAAGCAUAACAUAUUUUUAGUGCUAAAGUGUUAAAAAGCUCACUGAUGAUUGAUUUCUGACAUUUCUUUGUGCAUGUUUCAAGUACCUGUAACAUGCUGUCUUGUGAGUAAGAAUAAGAAUGACUCUUUAAAAAUCUUUUAAUUUUGUCUGUACUCUUGGUCACCAAAGACCACAUUGUGCUGUUACUAAAGACCACAGGGACGUCAUGAGACACAAACAGGAAAGGACAUAACAAUUAAAUUGUUAAAGAACAAUGUUCAUCCUUAAAAGGAAAUGUUGGAGGCAUGUGGCACUACAUGUGUCACAUGCAAAAUGUGUGCAGCUCUUCAGUAAUAAACUCACAUAUAAGUUCACACUUUUGUUUUCACUUUAGAAAAUACAUAAAGACGUAUUCAUGUUUCUACCAAACAAAGGGAAACGUGUUCCUUCUCAUGAUUGAUAAGCACUUUGACAACAAAGAGUUUCAGAAUCACGAUUAGCUUUCCAAAGCGACCUUUAAAAACAGACACGAUCAAAUCUGUGUUGCAUGUGUAGCUCAGAGCUGUUUAUAUAAUGGUGGGCAGAGUAUCGAUAUGGAUUGAGCAGAAGGAAAAUGAACGGAAAGUGUCAGACUGAAAAAGCAUUCACCUACCUCCACUGUCAGAUCUGAGUGGACAUUUGGGUCUGAGGGCAAAAAUGAUUUAGUUCUGGAGCCGGACGAUUAGUUUCAGCUGCGGUCAUCUAUCUCUCUCUCAUUCUUCCUGCAGACAUCCAUCUACUGUAUGUUUCUCCAUUUCCUGGGCUUUCAUCAAUCCAUCUGCUCUCCAUCCAUUCAUGUUUUGCAAGUCAUGAAGCAUCAGCUUCCUCUUACCUUUUUAUAGACUGGGGCUGGGCUAUAACUUUAUGCAUAUCUGACACAAAUCUGUUAUAUUUUUGUUUUGCUUUGUUUUUGACCACAGAAGAAGGCAAUGCUUAUUUUUUGUACUGGGAUCCAACCAAUCCCAAAGAGCUAGGAGAAAUUCAAAAGGCAUUCCAAAUAAGAGACUGGGCCUAGAGACCUAAACAUUUUGUUAACUUUCACCAGAAUUGUAGACAGAUUACUGAACAUAGACCAAGAAGCCCAAGAGAUUAGUCCAGGGUCCAGUUUGUUUAAAGUGACUGUCAGUCAGUCUACUACAGAGAAACACAUAAAUAUGAAGACAAGAAAAACUAUAUGAACACAAGUAAUGGGACACCUACACACCACACCUACAGGAGCUGCGCCACUUGCAGCUGAUCAUAUAAUUUCUAGGAGGGAGAAAUUUCAUGAAAUACCUUGUUGCUGUGGAUCCUAUCACUGUACUGUGUUCAGAUUCAUUGGGCUCUUUAAAGUGACCCAUUCUUUCACAAAUGUUUACAAAGGCAGGUCGCAUGGCUAGAUGCUUAAUGUGAUAAGCUUAUGGCAAUAGGACUGAAAACACCUCUAUUUAAAGAUUAAGAGGUGUGGUCCAGUACAUUUACUCAUAUAGUGUAGUGUUCAUAUACUGUACUUUAACUAAAAACAAUCACAGAAUGAAUGCAGAGGACCCCCCCUCCACCCCACCCCCACUAAAUUUACAUCAAUCUGGCCAACAGUUUGUUUUGUUUGUGUUCAAAAUCAUGAUGUAGCUGUUGGGGUGCUUAGAGGACAAGAACAAGCUAGCAAGCAGAAAGUUUGGGCUGAUGAUAGUUUUAAGAAUGGGCUGUAAUCACAUUGUCCACUGGGGACCAUGAAUAGCCACAGGAAGUUUCACACCAAUCUUUUCAAAAGUUAUAAUUUGGCCUAAAGGGUCACAAAAAGACAAACUGGAUAAUUUAUAAAGAAAAAUGUAAAGAUACCUCCUCUGGGGAGCAGGAAUGGGGACAUUUUCAUAGUAAGCUCUCCAUUAAAUUGGUUUGUACUAGUUCAUUUUGCACAGUGCAGAAAAUCUGAGCUGGUGAUGGCACUGGGAGAAGGGGUAAUGCAAUCAUCACAAUCAAAGUUUAACUGAGACAUCCUCUGGGGACCAUGAAUAUCCACAGCACGCUUCACAGAGAGGUCAUUAGUUACACUGAAGAUGGCACUUAGAACCGAGCACUUAGACUUACAAUUACAUAUAUUUACAUAAAAAAUACACAGCAUUUUAAUGGAAAAUGUCCACUAUUUUAAUGUAUCCAUUGCUGUUGGUGUGAUUUACGUGUAAAUUCACGAUAAUUUUUCUUUUUUUCUAUUAGAUCUAAUCCUCUGGGGACAAUGAAUAUGUAAAUUAAGUCUUACAGCAACAUGAUUAUGGUGAUUAUCUAUUAAGUGCCUCCCUCCUUUGGCAUGAGAGGUUAAGCUAUUUUAUGACCAAACCGGAAAUUUUAGAGGGCAUCACCUUGGGACUUGCUCUCUGGUUGUUUCAUUCUAAAACAUUUUGAGGUGAUGGUGGAGCUGGGUAUCUUCAACAUUAUAAAAAUUCACUGUCUUAGAUCCGCAAACACCCACAGCAUGUUUUAUGGAGAUUUCAGAUUUAGUUUGUAUUUUCUUUCAGGUUGAGAAAAUAUAAUAAUAAAAAAAAGCUAUUUUACACCCAUAAAAAAGCCAAUGAGUCCGCCAACAUGCCUGUAAUGCUUCCCAGCUGCUAUCAAGUGUUACUGUUGACUGUUGCUUUAAAUUAAAGGACGAUUAUGCAUUGAAAUUGCCGAAUUCACGUCCAUUCUGAUCCAAGAGCUUGCAUGGUUGUUAGCUGUUAUUCAAUAUCAUGUACUGUAAGUAGCUUCAUGUUCAACUGCCAGUCAGAAUAUGUAGACGCACCAUGUGGAGGUUCAAUCAAAGAAUAAAAUCUUCUUUAAAAUUCUAUAUUUUCACCAAUUUUUAGAGAUCCUAUAUAUUUUUUUUUCCUUUUAGAAAUUAUAAAAUGAGAAUAUAUAAAGGACCCAACACCUACAGAUUUUAGGUUAAAACCAAGUAAAUAUAAUAAAGACCAAUGAAUUUUACUGCACUGGUUUUGAUAUACAUGCAGUUCUCCUAUACGGGCUCUACUGUUACAAUUGAAGCUUUAUAAAGUUUAUUUCAUUCCAAGAAAAAAUAAAAUAAAGGAAAAACAUUUCCUGUUUGUUCACUCUGAACAUCUAAUGUCUGAGAAUGCUCUGUUAUUGUGCCGUUGCCAUUUGUGACAAUUAGAAUUUGUGUAACUGUUGUAAAUAUGUCAAAUAAUGUGAUUUUGUGUGUACAUGUGUAAAUACAUCUAUCUUCCAUGUACAAAAAGUGGUUCCCAAAAAGUCCUAUUUGUCUGUGUUGUGAUGUCACAUACGAUCCACUUGUCACAUGUGUGAUGUUUGAUAUUUCAUUUUUAUGUGUGGCAACAGUUUUUGUAAAGUGAAAUAAAAGACUGCUGAU